UUAAAAGUUGUUGUCUCCCUCUGAGAAGCUGAGUUUUACGAGCCCCUGAAGGCAGCAGCAGCUGGUUGGAAAGUUCUGGCUGUCCGGACUCUCACAGCUGGAUGUGAGGUGGAAGUAAAUCAUUUUAAAAUGCGUCUAACAUCUGUUUGGCGAGCUGACGGAGCCCGACGGUCCAUUGAAAAGGAAAACAUCUUUUUUCGUUAUUGUGAAAUGUCCUGAAAGGCUGGUUCCUCGGGGAAAAUGGGCUUUUACGCAUUCGCCCUUCGUCAAUCAUUCCCAAGCUGUUGUGUAAACAAACGCCUGUGAUUAGGAGGAGUCAAUAGGGCAGUGAGUAACCUGGACACGUUUAUUUGCCCCGGACUGUCGGCUGAAGUGGUCUUGGACACAAAACGCCUCCUCUUGGGGGAUAAAAUGAGUUAUCCUCUCUCCGCGAACCAGGCGCGCGUCCACUUUCCCAACAGACGGUAGAUACGGACGCUCGCGUGUGAGAGUUUCGUUGUUUUUCUUUAGUUUUUGCGUUUAGUUUAGAGCCCCGUCCAGCCCAGAGGAGAUGGGCUCCGCGGGGCGCCGCCUGGCGCUGCUCGGCCUCUUUCUGCUGGGGCUCCAUCACUGCGCAGCCUUCUGGAUCGUCAACGUCGUCUUCCCCCCCAACGCCAAACCCAAAUGGCCAAGCAACAGCACCUCGCCGCUCAUCAUCGUACCGGGGAACCUGGGAAACCGCCUGGAGGCUAAAAUAGAUAAGCCGAAACUGGUGCACUGGAUGUGCUACAAGAAGAGCGAGGACUGGUUCCCGCUGUGGAUCGACCUGAACAUGUUCAUGCCCAUCGGGGUGGACUGCUGGAUCGAUAACAUUAGACUCGUUUACAACAAAACGACCCGGCGCUCAUCCAACUCUGCAGGCGUGCAGGUGCGCGCGCCGGGAUUCGGGGAGACGUACUCCAUAGAGUUUCUGGACUACAACAAACUGGCAGGGUAUUUCCACACGAUGGUGCAGCACCUGGUCAACCUCGGCUACGUCCGAAAUGAGACGGUUCGCGGGGCGCCGUACGAUUGGAGAUUAGCUCCCAAUGAGAACGCAGAGUACUUCACUAAGCUGCAGAACCUGGUGGAGGAGAUGUACGAGCUUUAUCAGAAACCCGUUCACCUGCUCGGACACAGCAUGGGCUCCCACUACGUCCUCUACUUCCUCAACCACCAGCCCCAGGCCUGGAAGGACAAGUACAUCAAGGGCUUCAUUUCCCUGGGAGCGCCUUGGGGGGGCGCUGUGAAGGUCCUCAGAGUCCUGGCCUCAGGUGAAAACGACGGCAUCCCAAUGAUUUCCAACAUCAAGAUCCGCGAGGAACAGCGGAUGGUCACCACCAACCCCUGGAUGCUGCCGUCUGAGGACGCCUGGCCGAAGGACCACGUCUUCAUCUCCACGCCGACCUACAACUACACCAGCCGGGACUACGAGCGCUUCUUCAAGGACAUCAGCUUUGAGGACGGCUGGCACAUGUGGGAGGACACCAGGAACCUGACGGGCGCCCUGCAGCCGCCCGGCGUGGAGGUGUGGUGCAUGUACGGCGUGGGGCUCCCCACCGCGGUGACGCACGUCUACGACGAGGAGUUCCCCAACCAGGACCCGGUGGACUUUGUGUACGCGGACGGGGACGACACGGUGGACAGCUUCAGCAUGGGGCUGUGCAAACGCUGGGCGGGGCAGCAGCAGCAGCCCGUGCACGUGACCGAGUACCGAGGCCUGGCCCACCUGGACAUGGUGUUCCACGAGAAGGUGCUCAACCAGAUCCAGCAGAUCCUGGAGGGCAAGCCCGACGUGCCCGAGGAGAUCGACGUGCGCUUCGAUGACAAAUAGCAGCUGGGUUGUUACAGAGGUCUUUCUGAGGGAGUUCAGAGGCCCGAUUUAAACAGAAAACAGCACGUUGAUGCCUCCUCUUUGCUCAGUUUGGUGCUAAUCAGCCUGGACUUCAGGAGUCACCACGUUGUCUAAACUGAGGACUGUCUUUGUUAUUUCCAGUUAUAAGUAGAGAAAAUGGACAUCAUUGGUGAACUGUGUGAACCUGUUUGUGUGCAGAUUUGUGUGUCAAACACGAUUUGUAAACCUUAACUAAACAUUUUGUCAUCAAACAGCAUUUUUCGUCAGAGUCUAGGAUACUUAAUCUGAAGAUGGAUCAGAAAACCCAUCUUUCCACCAGAACUCAAACGCACCACAGAUCUGUGAGGCUCCUGGAAAAGUCCCCAAACCCCUCGUGCACUUAGAAACUGGUCUGUGUGUAACUUUGUCCAUGUGUGUCAGGUGUCUCAUGAGUUUGAAUUAGAAAGUUUCCAAAGUUACAGCCAAACAGGUUUACACAGUUUACAAAUCAAAUGUCAUGUGUGUAGAUAUUGAGUGCAUUUGCUCCUUGUGGAGGCUGGGAAGUGGUCUGGGUGAACUAUGUAUCAAAGUUUUUGGAGUUAGCUCGAUGUUUGAUGGUUCAUUUAUGUUGUACUGUAUUUUCUUACGGGGUCAUAUUAUGGUUCCAUGUCGAUUUGUGUAUCUGAAAGAUUCCUGUUCGAACCAGUGUUGUUUUUUAAGUUUAAACACAGCUCAUAGACACAGGUUUCUGCAUAACGAGUGUAUGGUUUGUUUUCACAGUUGUGGAGUUUUUGAAACAUGCAGCUCUCAGUUUUAAAAAGUCUUUAUUUGUGCUGCGUUUUAGAUGAACUCUUAAUGUUUUUUUUUUUUGUUAUUUCACAAAGAGAAUAAAGGUUUUACAAACC